GCAUGCGCGGCUCCCCGGCGGUGGUGGAAGCCGGGGCGGUGCAACCACCCGGGUCGGUGGGUGGCGGGGUCGGCCCGCCCUCCCGCGGGCGCUGGCGGUUGUGGUUGCUCGCCCUGCCGGCUGUCUGUGCGGCGGCCGCUUCGGGCUGCAGGGCUCCCCCUUCCGCAGUUGGUGACGCUGGCUGGCCCCGCGAACCGAGCGUCCGCUGCUUCUGCGGUUUAAUUAUUUUUGGAAAUCAAGUUCAAUAUUAAAAAGAAAAAGCACACAUUAUCGGAAGCCAUUUCUGCUAAUUCCGAUGCAUUUUAACGUGUGAUUUGACUUGAAUACUGUCAUGGGAGGAGCUGUGAGUGCUGGGGAAGAUAAUGAUGACUUAAUUGAUAACCUUAAGGAAGCACAGUACAUCCGCACUGAGAGAGUAGAGCAAGCCUUCAGAGCCAUCGACCGCGGGGACUACUACCUGGAAGGCUACAGAGACAAUGCGUACAAAGACUUAGCCUGGAAGCACGGGAACAUACACUUGUCAGCACCUUGCAUUUAUUCCGAAGUCAUGGAAGCUUUGAAACUUCAACCGGGAUUGUCUUUUCUUAACCUGGGAAGUGGAACCGGAUAUUUAAGUACAAUGGUGGGCUUAAUUUUAGGUCCUUUUGGAAUAAAUCAUGGGAUUGAACUUCAUUCAGAUGUGGUGGAAUAUGCCAAGGAAAAACUGGAGAGCUUCAUCAAAAAUAGCGAUAGCUUUGAUAAAUUUGAAUUCUGUGAACCCGCAUUUGUGGUGGGUAAUUGCCUUCAGAUAGCCUCUGAUAGUCAUCAAUAUGAUCGAAUUUACUGUGGAGCUGGAGUCCAGAAAGACCAUGAAAACUACAUGAAGAUCUUGCUCAAAGUUGGGGGAAUACUGGUCAUGCCUAUAGAGGAUCAGUUAACACAGAUUAUGCGGACUGGACAAAACACUUGGGAAAGUAAAAAUAUUCUUGCUGUUUCCUUUGCACCACUAGUACAGCCUAGUAAGAAUGAUAAUGGCACACCAGAUUCUGUGGGACUCCCCCCGUGUGCUGUCAGGAAUCUCCAAGACUUGGCUCGUAUUUACAUUCGACGCACACUUAGAAACUUCAUCAAUGAUGAGAUGCAAGCCAAGGGAAUUCCGCAAAGGGCUCCACCCAAGAGGAAAAGAAAGAGAGUCAAGCAGAGAAUUAACACUUAUGUAUUUGUGGGUAAUCAGCUUAUUCCUCAGCCUCUAGACAGUGAGGAGGAUGAGAAAAUGGAAGAAGACAGCAGAGAGGAGGAGAAAGAUCCUGGUGAAGCCAUGAAGCCUGAGGAGCCACCUCAGAACUUACUGAGGGAAAAGAUCAUGAAGCUGCCGCUCCCCGAGUCUUUAAAAGCUUACUUGACAUAUUUUAGAGACAAAUAACCUAAAACAAGGAAGAAUGCCUACUGAUAAUUCCCUUACUCUUGUAAAUGUACUGUUUAUUAGGAGUUAGAGAGUUACUUCAUUAGAAUGAAUUAUUGCAGAGAAAAGCUUAAGUUAUUUCUCUUAAUGGCAGAAAUGAUGUAUUCAGUGAUUUAAAAGAGUCUUUCCUAAAAUCUAUUUUUCUUAAGUCUUGAGAAACUGCUGUUUUAGCUCAGUGAUCUCAAAGUGAAAUGCAUCUGUAGUCAGGACUUUGUGGACAGUAAUCCCCUUCUGGUUCUGCACACAUUUGUAGUAUUGAGGGUUGGAUUUCAUUAUGUAAGGGGUUGAUAAUUUGUCGUACACAUAUAGGCUUAUUUAAAUUGCAGUUUGCAUUUCCUUUGUGAGAGCACGCUUAUCUAAUAAGGAAAGCAAAUGCUUGUGGACAUGCUUACCUUAAUUUUGUUGUAGACAUAUUCCGGGCAGCAUAUGAGUGCAAUAAUAAUUCAAGAAUAUGAAAUAGUUUAGCUUUAAAAACUGCAGACUUCAUGAAAUUCUGCAGGCCUGAAACUUUUGCUUUUCAAUCUAUUGCCAAAAGAUAACAGAGAAUUCCCAUUUCUCUCAUAGCGAUUUUAAGAGAACAGCAAGUGAAUAUGAACGUAGGAAAUGGCUAUUUAACACAGCUAGUUCAUGUGGGCCCUUUUGUGUUUCAGUAUUCAAAAUAAUGAGGUUAUCUUAACUCUAGAAUUUUAAAAGGUAGUGUGCUUAGGAUUGCUUGUCUGUAAUCAUAAAGUAUUAGAUUUGAAAAGACGUCCAUUGUCCUGUUUGCUGCUGAGUGCAGACAGUAAGUAAGCCACAGUAGGUGACCCUCAUCUAUUAGGUACCUUCAGCAGCAGGGGAGAUGAUGUAGCCAGCUGAGGCACUUCAUGGGACUUUUAAUUACGUGGAUUUGUCUUUGACAACAUAGGCCACUCACGCCUCAUUUAGUUUGAACCUUUCUAGUAGAAACAGCCAUGGAAGCUGUAUGUAAAUGCCUUUGUAUUAAAAUUUGGUUCAGAAUCAUAGUGGGAUCUCUGGGACCCACACCAAGCUCAUUUCCUCUGUUCUGUGUUUUGCUACUUUUGUAAUAUAACAAUGGUUUUCAUUUUUUGCUUAAUGUUACAUUCUUAACCUGUGUAGGGAAUCAGUGUUAAAAUAGACAGUGCGUGCUGUUACUAGAUCUCUCCUCAUAAGGCUUGCUCAGAGUUCUUCCUUGUUAAGCACAUGUGAGAUAUGACCUACUUUUACUACUUAGUAGCACAUAGGUUUUGUGUUUUUAAAAGGAUGAUUUCAAAUGUCUCGUGUAUUCUCAUCAUAUCACUGUCAGAGCAGCUGCUCAGAUUUGCCUAAUCAUGAUGAUUCAAAUAAUUUUAAAUGACCCAGCUCCAAUAAUUCUACAUACAUGAAUCAUUUGAAAUUGUUUAAACAUGAAAUUGACCCAAAUAACUGAUAAUGUUUUAGUAAUGUGAAAGACAGCAUUAUGGGAAGAACUCAUUUGGCUCUUGGUGGAAUGGGUGAGUCCAGUUUUUCUUAACAUAAUUAGCAAACGAUUACUAAGAAAUGCCCUAUCCUGUUUCUAUCCAAAAAGGGGAAAGGAUUCUCCCCUUGCCCUUUGAAUUGGUAGUGGGGAUUAAAGCUCAGGACUAGGACUUCAUGCAUGCUAGACAAGCACUCUGACAUUUAUCCCCAAACCAACAAACUUAUGUUUAAAAUUUUGUUUUAGAAGUUUAAUCUUGAAUUCUUUAUAUCCAUGUGGUUUUAUCUGGGGAAAGUUUUCAUCUUAUCUUCCCAUCCUGUCCCCCACGUCUGUUUUGUUUUGCUUAAUUUUUCUUGGAGAGUGUUGUUAAUAAUGUAUUUGAAGAUGGCUAUUUAGUACUAUCUUCUGUUGACUUUGAUAAAUUAUACAGUAGAUUGUCUUGAUCAUUGCAUUUUUGUCUUUGAAAGGUAUAUUUUGUCCUUUUAAAUUCAUUUAUAUUUCAGGUGUGACUUUAUGGUUGUCUUUUAAGGUAGGAAUGAAUGAAAAUUUAAGAAAAGCAGUCUUAUCUAUUAAUUUAGAUGAAUUACAUUAAGAAUAUUUGGGUUUGUGCUUAUUUUCAAUAAAAUCAUGUUUGAGUGUGGAAAGUAUACUUUAUAGGUAAAGAAAAGUGAAUACAGAUGAAAUAAAAGUAAAUGAAAGAAAAUGAAGAAAAGAAACUAAAAAGAAAGAAAGAAAAAUGUAAGUGAAACUAAGCCAUAAUCUCACACCUGCAAUAGCACUUGAAGCCAUCAGGGUUACAGAAGAAGGAUAGGUUUUGUUUUUCAAAGAACAGAAACAAAAGACAGUAUAUGGGAUUGAUGGGGAAUAGUCCCAUGGGCUUACAUACAGACAAAGAUACAUUUAUGUUUAUCUUUUGAAGACAACAAAGAAGCCUUGAGUGGAGGUGUGUGCUGCUUAAAAGUCUUGCAACAGGUUGGAGACAAGGGCCUGAGGGAGCAGCCACCAUCACCAAAAUGCCAAAAAUCCAGCCAUGACACCAUAGCUACCAAGGAUCUAUUUGAAAUCUGCACUACUCACCAGUCAGUAAUUGGUCUCUGGUAUUAAUAAAAUGUUAAAAUAGCAUACAUGGUUAUACAAAAUAAAAUACAAAUGUGUGUUGAUUGUUGACGUGAAAGUAAAAGAAAGCCUGCUAAAUCAUUGGACAAAUUGGGAAAUGAUUUUAAAUAAAUCACAUUACACAGCA